AUGCGUGACUGCGGGCAGAGCGCAUGCGCCUUCGAGGUACGCCGUCUGGCGCGGGAGGUGUUUUCCAUUCUCGGACGUUUUGGAGUCGUUGGCCUGGAGAAUGGAUAAGAAAAGCAAGCAGUAGAAAGACAAGUACCCUGAGACUUUUAUCACACACACAAGAACAGCACAUAAAGACCACAACGAUACGCCUUAAAAAAGCUGAAUCGAAAUUUAAGAUUACCCUAAAAAAAUGUGGCAGCUUCUUUAUUAUGCCAAAACCAGGUUUAGGUAGUCUAGGCAGAGUUAAGGCGGCGCCGUUGACUUCUGGGAAAUGUAGUUUUGCUGCUGCGUGCGCAGCUGUUUGCGACAGAAACUACAACCCCCAGGAGCCACCGCGACGUUGCCUGUCGCAGCCUGCAAAUCAACGGUUCUGGAGGCAGGAGCUGAGUGAGUUGGGUGGUCGGUCUGCUCUUAUUCUAGCCUUAAAAACUCUUCAGGAAAAGAUUCAUCGUUUAGAGCUGGAGCGAACACAAGCUGAAGAUAACCUGAACAUACUUUCUAGAGAAGCAGCACAGUACAAAAAGGCCUUGGAGAAUGAAACAAAUGAGAGAAAUCUGGCACACCAGGAACUGAUAAAGCAGAAGAAAGACAUAAGUAUACAGUUAAGCUCAGCCCAGUCUCGCUGUACUCUCCUAGAGAAGCAACUAGAAUACACAAAGAGAAUGGUUCUUAAUGUAGAACGAGAAAAAAACAUGAUCCUAGAACAACAGGCCCAGCUUCAAAGGGAAAAGGAACAAGAUCAGAUGAGGCUGCAUGCAAAACUUGAAAAGCUGGAUGUCUUAGAAAAAGAAUGUUUUAGAUUGACAACCACUCAGAAGACUGCUGAGGACAAGAUUAAACAUCUAGAGGAAAAACUUAAGGAAGAAGAACAUCAGCGUAAGCUAUUUCAAGACAAAGCUGCUGAGCUUCAGACUGGACUUGAAAUCAGUAAAAUUUUAAUGUCUUCAGUUUCAAAUUCAAAACGCUCCAAGGAAAAGAAAAAAUCUUCAAAGAAAACUAAAUGUUUAAAAAGAGGACCACCUCUACAAAUUUAUUCAAAGUUUAGAGCACCACUUUUUGAGGCUAAAAAGUCUGCCAGUGCAGGCUGUUCUGUGAAUGCAGGUAGGCAAAACCUUCAGCAGACGACGCAUCACUGUGGCCCACAGAUCCUUCCGAAACGUGCCCAAGUGAUUGAGCCUAGAUGUCUCUGUAAGCCUCCGAGAGCAAUUUCCCAGUAUAAAGCUGUACCUCGUGAAUCAGAAAAGUCUAUUUCCAUUUGUGACAGUUUGUCUGAGCUUUUGAUGGCAAUGCAAGAUGAGCUAGACCAAAUGAGCAUGGAGCAUGCAGAACUGCUGAAACAAAUGAAGGAAACUGAAACCCAUUCCAUGUGUGACGACGUGGAAUGUGAGCUAGAGCGUUUAGUCAAGAAGAUGGAAAUUAAAGGAAAGCAGAUUUCCAGACUGAAGAAGCAUCAGGACAGUGUCUAUAAACUACAACAAAAAGUUCAAAACUCGAAGGCAAGUAAAGCUUCAGGUAUUCAGCAAGAUGGUAACCAAGAAUUGAAGAACAUGAAAAAUAGCCCCAGGAAGUGUUUAAAUGAAGCUAACUCUUCUCAGAAAAGCAGCAACUUUCAUCCAAUGCAAGUUCAUAAUAUUCGAAUGAAAUUGAGAAGAGAUGAUAUCAUGUGGGAACAGUAAUACAAUACCAAAACUGUCCACUUAAAUGAACUUUGUCAGCAAGAACUUGAAUUGUUAAAAUGGUUUUAAUCUAAUAUAUGUUUGUAAAAUUUCAAAUUAUGUUUCUGGCCUCUAUAAAACAUGACAUUGUACAUUUUUAAAUUAAUGCUUAGUGACCAACUAAGAAUCUCAAAUAAUAUACUUUUUUCUCACUGUCCAAAGUCCCUAAACUCAUCAUGUUUUAGAAACAUUAUUCACUCUGUAAGUAUCUUAAGCUAAAUAUAGGAAAUUUGACUAAAUUGCUCAGUAUUCAAAAUUGAGUUAAAUCUGAGAUAUCAAUACCAUUCCACUUUUUCAUUUAGUAGACUUGUAACCUUAAGAACCAACACUAAGUGAACACAGUACAGAAAGGUCUUUAACUUUCCUAGUGCUGCCUCCCUGUCUUGUUUAAAAGCUUUGAAAUUUUUAUUUUUGUGGAAGAUAAAAGCUUAAUAGUUCUGCAGUUUUGUGAAAAUGUCUUUAACGCUGGUUUUAUGUGACAGUUACAAUUAGGAAUUCAUAGUUCCCUAAUAUGUACAAGAUAAUAAUUCACUGACAGAAUACUAUUCUUAGUCUCUUUUACAAAUCUAGUUUUUUGAAUACCAGUGAUCUGGUUUGCCUUCUUUACAACUUUUGCUGACUUUUAUUCUUUGCAUUAUAUAUUAUGUCCAUCAAUAUAACUUGAGAAUGUGAGUUUCUACCACCCAAAAAAGUGGUAUAUUUUUAUAAGAAAGUAUCGAAAGAGUUAGGCAUUUAAUUACCUUAUCCAGCAAAGAAAAUCAGGGUGAUGUGGCAUAUCUUUAUUUUUAUAUUUUAAAAUUAGUGAUAUAAUAAUCACAUUCUUUAUGUAAACAUGAUUUAUAAUAAAUUGAUGCUUGGCUUUUUA